AUGAAUCGUCAACAGAGGCCCAAUCUCAAAAACGGCGUUGACCUUCAGCUCCAGUCUGCCUUUAACGAUGGCAACUGGGCUGCAGUGAUUCGCCUGGCUGAGAAGCGGGCGAGGACGUUUAAUGAUCAGUACUACGAGAUUGUCAAAAUCUGUGCUGAAAGUCAGCUCGAUGAUCCCAGUUCCAAGUUUGCUGCCAUAACCGCCAUCGACAAAUUUGUUAGGGAGGAAACCGUUGUCAAGGAUGUUGAUGCUCUGGAUCUUCUCGAGUGGGCUGCCCAGGGACUCAAUGAGGAGGAGGAAUUUCCUCAGACUCUUGGACCUUUGAGGGCACGUCUAGUCAAAGCUUCGCCAAAGGACAAGAUCGGCGCCAGUCGCUGUUUGGAGUCAUGUCUGUUGCAUUGGGACCUUGUUAGUGCGCAACAGAUUGCAGCAAUAAUGGAUAGAUCAUUUCCUCAAGAGCGAACAUUUAUGUUUUGGAACAUUGUCAUCACACACCUGUUGGCGACCAGCCCACAAGCACCACCUGAAAAGAAGAAGCUCUACGGGAUGCUCGCUUUGAAGCAGGCCCAGCGUGCUGCACAGUUGGCCGAACAGGACGCUGCUGCAGAAGGCGAUGCCAAACCACAGCCUCGAAGCAUCCAGACAGAAGAAGAAAUUCUACUGUUUUACGAUGUUACCGAGAAGCACGGCUCGAAAGAAGACUUUGCCAAGGUCAUCUCCAGUCCCGUCUUCAAUCCUCUUACACAGUUCCAAAAGGGCAGAAAAGAGUUGUUAUUGAGGACGAUUGCCCGAUAUCAGCAACAGCAAGAAUUUGAAGCCAUCUUCCAGCUUUGCAAUGAUUGCUUAUCUAUCGAAGAUGAGAACGGUCAACCAAGUCUGCUGGCGGCCGACUGGAAGGUCUGGCGACACUUUAUUGACGCUGCUGCUCAAAUAAAGACAGUCAAGCCAGACGUCGAGGAAACCGUCCAAAAUUUGCUUCUCAAGUUCAUCAAGUCACCAGAUCUGCGACCCAUCUACAAGCGCAUCAUCCUCCUGGCACGCCUUUCGGCAGCGUUCAACUUGGCAUCAAAUGAUGAGGAUGACCUUGUCGCGAACGAGCCCGCAUCUUUCCGACUUAAAGAGUUGAUCAACUAUAUAAACGAUCAAGGAAUUAAUGCUGCUUGCUUCAACGACAUCAAACCCUUUGCGGAGAAACUCGCCCCCUCUGCGCUCAAGUACCUUGCCUAUGAUUUUACCACCAAAUUGGCCGAAGAAAUGGAGGACGAGAUCAAGUCAGCACGGAUACGAAAUUUUUCGCUGAAGCUACAAUACUUUGCGGCUACCUGUCCCUCCAUGUAUAGCACAGUACCUGGUGAAAAGCCGAUGCGUAAAUGCAUCGUCUCUGGUGAUGAGGUCGAGGCCAGCUCGCCUGGGCCAGCUUUCUCCAUUGUCGCUACAUCUGCGCUCGAGGUACACAAGUCGUUGGCUGAUCUAACUUCAAAGAGCCCCUCUGUAGAGGCCGAGAUCAGAUCUGACUUGGCUGUCAUCGCCGCCCUCUGCUAUAUCCAGGCCGCAUUCCCUCCUUCGACCGAGAUUUCCAACGUGCCUACCUCUUACGCUUCUCUCCUCCAAGCAUUGCUGCUGCUUGAGCACCAGCUCUCCUUGUCCCCGAAGCAUAGCAUAAUUUCUCUUUUGCUUGUGCAACUACACCUUCGCGUUGGCUCAUCGAUUCGAGCUCGCGAGAUCUGGGACACACUGGGAGUCAAGCGAACGAUCAUGGACUCACUGGCACCCAUAUUUUACGACCGACUGUCUACCAUUGCGCCCGCUCUCAUCUCACCAUCAGACGAAACAGGCUGGGAGCUCUUGGAGCUGUUAAGCUCUCACUUUAACACAUCCCUGAAGCUAAGAAUGCCUCGACGCUUAAUCGACGCUUUCGAGUCGGGAAGUUACAGCAGUGUGGUCGAUAUUCCUGAAUACAUGGAGAACCUACGCUGGGGCUGUACGCGCGUGUUGAGUCUGGUCGAGGAGACUAGGACUGAUCGAAUUAUGGGAGAGCAGUUUUCAGAAGUCUUGACUGAUCCCCGGUUUAUCGAAGUAACUGACGACAAGAAUCUGGUUGAGACCAUUGACUAUGGCUCGUUUCCUUCAUGGGAUUGCAGCUCCCAAUCGCCCAUUUAUUCCCGCCUGCGCAUUGGACCUGCACCAACAAACCGCCGUGCUCACCUGUCGCUGCUCUCCGAGGCUUUCCAUGAGCUUUUGAGUUACAAGCCUCCACCUAUCUACAAAGGCUCGGCCGCCGCAGCCGUCCCUGGCCAGAUUUUUGUUCUUGAAACUCUCAGCCAAUUGAGCAACUCCUUCAUCAAGUUCUCGAAUGGCUCCAGCGAAGAUUUCACUCCUCAAGAAGCAACAUACUUUGAAGUGAUGAAUCUGCUCAGCACUCUCAUCCCAUUCACGACCGGCAUCGGCAGAGCCAAUCCUGUACCUGAAGAGUUUGCUCAGAUCACCGACACAUUAAAGAUUGCUUUGGAUACUCUGAAACUUGAGAUUGUGGGACUUGCAACUCCUUCGGAACAAGUCACGACUCUGAGCACUUUCCACUCUCUCGCGAUCCUCCGUGACACCGCCGCGGCGAUAAAGAAUGCUGCGCAAUGGAUCAUCGCCUUUAACGAUCGCGAAAAGGAGCGCGACCGCUCUGGUAAAAGCAACUUACCCAAGGAUAUUAUGGCGCAGAUCAAGGAACUGGUUACUGUAUCUGAGGCGGCACUCAAGGAGGGCAAGGACACUGUAGCAAAGCUAAAGGAGCAAGUCUAUGGAAGAGACUUUGAACCCGCAGUAAGGAAGUGGAUUUUCGAUGGAGCUGAAAAUGUUUUGGAGAUGGUGGGAGAGGGAGCAACUAAAAAGCUGGUCAAGAGCUGGGAAGCCAAUGUCAAGGGUUGGCUUCAGGUUAAGUGGAGUUAG